GUCACCACUCAUCCCCCGGACUUCAGCCGUGGCUGGUAUUUACAGCUGCGAAGCUAAUCGGAUAGUUACCCCAGAUCAUCUACCUACUUCGAGGGAAGUCGUCCUCCUUCCGUCUUCUUGUUGAAAGAAGAUAAAGAAGACGAAGAAGAGGGUCGCUAUGGAUCGAUUUGUCAAUGUCUACAUUCUCACUUUCAACUGCGCCAGGAUUUUGAUCGAAACCGAUUUCGUCGCGGAACACUUCUUCCAUGCCCUUCCCCAGUCAGCAAGGGAUAGCAACGAUGGACGACCAAUAUACGACGCCCCCGAGAUCAUCGUUCUCUCACUCCAAGAGAUCGCGCCGAUGUCUUAUGCGUUUCUAGGCGGUUCUUUUCUCACCGCGUUCUUUGACGCUUUCCGUCGUGCGCUUGACCUUGCGGUGUCGAAACAAUGGGGGAGCGAGGUGGACUACGUCGAGGUCAUCAGGGAGAACUCUGGCAUGACGGCAAUGAUGGUCUUCGUCAGAUCAGACGUUUCCGAUAGGAUUUCUUGGACGGAGACGGCGCAAGUGGGAGUGGGCGUUCUCGAGAUGGGCAACAAAGGAGCGGUGGGAACGCGAUUGGGCUACAUGGUGGAAGAUGGUCACAAUGAGACGGUUGACUUGACGUUUGUUGCUGCACAUCUGGCGCCAAUGGAAGAAGAAUACGAACGCAGGAACGAGGACUGGAAGAGCAUUGUGGAGCGGUUAGUCUUUGGGAAGAAGAAAACCGUCAGGCGGAGGAACAGGGCAUCAGGAGAAGAUAGAGAGGAGAGGAUCGCAUUGUUGAGUGACGAGACAUCAGAUGAAAGCGCGAGCCAUUCUGGGAUCUUUGCGCCUGGGUCGCAUUUAUUUGUCGCCGGUGACUUGAAUUACCGCACGUGCGAUACGUCGCCGUCGAAAGACGACCAUAGGCGCUUUCCUCAACCUACCGCGGACGUGGAUAGUCCCCGACAUUUCUCUCAUCUGUUAAAGAAUGACCAGCUCACACGAGAGCUUCAGAGGCGUAAGACACUGCAUGGGCUAUCGGAGGAACUGAUCAGCUUCCCACCCACCUACAAGUAUUCAGCACUGGCAUGUCUAGAGGCGCGACUUGGUGAUACUCAAGAGUGGAAAUGGGCCAGACACCGCUGGCCCAGUUGGUGCGACCGGAUCUUAUAUCUAGACCUGCCACCGGGGACGAAGGAACGUGGGCAUGUCCAGCCCCACGUCUACAGCUCUCUUCCUCUGUUCCCAACCUCUGAUCACCGUGCCGUUGCCUUAUCUGUCUCGGUUUUAUUGGAACCUCUCCGAGGUUCUUCAGGCAUCGAUCAGUCUGGCGAUGUUAGGCCUCUGCCACCAUUCCAGCUCGACCCAAACUGGGAGAGCAGGCGUGCAGCUGCAAGGACCAAAGAACUCAUAGUGGGUUUCCUUGCGUAUCUGUCAACAACGUGGGAGGGCCUUGGCCUUCUUCUCGCGACCGGAAUUGGCGCCGCUGGCGGAUGGCUUGUGUUGAAAUCGAUUCUGGAAGACUAAGGAACUUUCCUCGUGGGCCAUGAAUUAUUAUCAUUGCUAUUAUGAAGUGCGCAUGUGAGCCGGAUGACCAGCGCACGGUGGCGGUAUCCGCCUAAUUACCACAUUAAGGCUCUGGCAGCCGUAG